AUGUCCAGCGAACAGGCAUGGAGGUCAGACACGCGCGCCGUCGCGUCGACGUCCAGCGCGUCGACGUCGAAGAGCGCGGUAAUCCAAUCCUGGCUCACCAAGCGAGGCGGGAAGGAUUUAUACGGUAAAACGACGUGGCGACUUCGGUACUUCGCUCUUCGUUCGCCUCGACACGCGAGGGAACGGGCGUGCGUGCGUUACUUCGCGAACGAGCCCGCGGACGCGUCGGAGAGCGCGGCGAAGGGGGAGUUUGCGAUCACGGGCUCGAGCGAAGCGCGCAUCCUGGACACGGAGGACGCGCUCACGGAGUUUGGAUUGAAGCCGAGCAAGCACAAGGGUAAGCGGCUGUUCGCGUUUCAAAGCGAUCCAGGGGAGAAGGGACGGAGCGCGGCGAUCGUGGUCGAGGCGGAGGACCUAGCGACGCUCCAAAGAUGGGUCACCGCGCUUCGCGAAGCCAUCUCAGCAGCAAGGAGUCUUGAGAACGAAGCGGCGAGCAAGGGUGGUUUGGCCGCCGUGAGCGCCCGCGCGGAGGAUGAGGAACAGGCUGCGCUCAAGGGGAAGAACUUUCGCGGUACGCUCGAGCUCGCGGGGCUGUGCGGACCUCUCGGCGGUGGCGCACUGCCGGUGCACAUGGACGCGUGCUGGGAAAACAUGACAUUCGUCGAUCUCAUGGCAGAUUCGUGUUUAAACGAGAAUUUCGGCCACUCGCGGCGCUCAAAAUACGUGCGUGAGACGCUGUCAGCCUUAGUAGAUAGCGCCAUAACGGUGGGCAGAUGCCUGGGAGCAUCGACGCUGCCGAUGAGUCAACCAGAAUCGAACGCCAUGAGCACCAUUCGCCGGGCGCUGGACGAUAUGCUUUCACUCGCUCGACUCAUGCCUGUGGGAACGAAAGAUAACAAUCUUUUCGUUUCUUUUCUGUCGGCGCUGAGCGAUCGCAUUCGUCUGCUCCGAGCUGGUGAGAUUGUCAUGGUUCCGGGAGGCUGGUCGAAUGAGCAAGGUGGCGCCGCGGUGAUUUACACCAUUCAUCGCUUGCCGGGUAACUUCGUCAUCAGCUUGACGAAUUGCGGCGAUGGAGUGGAGUUUCAUCCAGUUCACGCCGAUCCAGCGAAGGACGCGUUUAAGUACAUCCACACGGUGCAGCUCAUGGAGGUUCCAAUCGCCAGCGCGCACGACUCCUCGGCGUGGGCUCUCUUGUUCCGUCCGUUGAUUUUCCCCACGGAUGCUGCUAAGGCAAAGGACAUGAUUUACAACAAAAUUUUGCCCAUGAUGAACGGUCGUCCAUUAAUGGCCGCGGUCGGUUCCAAGCCCCUGCGAACGGUUAAGUUUGCGAAGCGGCCAAGAGGAGGAGACUCGAGUGGAGUGUUCACGGCAAUGGAAGCUGCGAGAUGCGGUCUCGCGAGCUUGGGCUGCCCACCAUUUCGCGCCGACGCGUUGGUGAAUCUUGGUGUUCGAUUCGUCAUGCUCGAGGAAGCGAGACGCGAUUUAGAGCGGGUGAAUAUGAUAAGUGCGAGCGCCUUGGUCACCCUUCAGGCGGCUUGUAGAAACGUGGCAGAGCACGCGGCAAAUCACGCAGAUUUGUGCGUCGCGGCGGAAGAGGCUAGUGGUACUAAUGAUACGAGGAAGUCAACUGUACCGAGCGAGACAUUGGCUCACGUUUUACGAUCUGUGGAGGCGGUCAUGCAAAGAACGAAGGUGCUGCAUAGCGCGACGACGUUGCCGCCGGCGUUACAACCACCGCAGGUUCCUCACGCAGCGUGCACUCAACCGCUAUUCAAUCGACUGGCCGUUGAGGAAAGUGUCGAGCACUUAGCUGGAGCUGCGAAGAUGCCACCUAUCAUUCGACCGGUAGAGCUCACGCUGGUACCAGAUGCUGUUGCACAGCUUGAUCAAGUUCCAAAGGCGCUGCGCGAUGCGUUGCAUUGCUGCACGAUUCUCGCUAAUCAAGCCGAUCUGAUGCCGAACUCGUACGCCUUGCGAGUGAGUUUACUAGUUCAUUUGUUUUUGCACGUGCUUCCGGCACCGCUGCCGUUGACUCACCCCGAGAGGGACACCAAAUGUUUCUGGCACGCGACACCCACGACGUAUGAGAUUCAAGCUGAAAUUUUGAGAAGCCUGAAUCUGUUGCUCAGACAAUUUUCUGCCGCAGCGCUGUCGAUUAGCGUCACGCAAACGUUCGACGCUGCAAGGUUGCUCACGGUUGCGAACUUUGCGGCAAUUGCCGACGCAACGCUUCGACUCAAGGUCACCGACGCACCAUCGGCUUUCACACAGCACUACGCCGGAUACACUGAAGGUCCCGUCGAACCUUUCGGAUUUGAGGCUGGUCCUUUCGCCGUAGAGGCGGAGUACUUGCGUUUCCACUGUCCGGAGCGCACGAUUAGGUUGACGCAAACGCUAGAUUACUUCCAUAGCUUGAGUAAAACGAUCAGCGAGGAUCACAUGGUGUACCGCUGGGAGAAUGAAAACGCGGGAGGGAUGUCUUUUGGUAUCGGGGAGGCGAGGCUCAUCGACCAAGUGUGUCUACAAAUGGGUUUUGACCGGAAUAUGCCCGAUUAUCUAGCCAAGUUUCACAGCGGAGAGAUGAGGGAAUUCGUCGAUAUGUAUCCUGAGAUGAUCGCCCUGCGCGACAUCGUCUUCAUGUUCAAGUUGCUGAUGGCCCCUACUUCCGACGACCUACCGGGGCUCGCUCGAUGGAAGCCCAUUGAUGCUGCGCUUGAAUGGGAGGUUACAAAGCGAGGCGGUUACUUCGAUUUAAGUGUGCAAGCGUUUGGUAGGUCGCUCGUCAUUCAGCCGUGGCAAGAGCCGGUUGUGGAAGAGGGAGCAUCGGUGUCGACGGGCUGGCGAAAUAUUUUGGGUGGUGGCUUCUUAGCGAAGAUGCGAGAUCGCCGACCGCGCUGUCCGCCCUCGGGUGCGAAUCCGAGCAACCUCGCGGGAACACGAAUCGAUACCGAAGAGGAUGUCCUGCAUCUGCGUGAUGUUCCGACGUUUGAGAAUUUACUCAAACCGAGCGAAUCAGAGCUUCUCCUCACGUAUCUCACCGCUCCAAUGAUCCGUCUGCCGCUCACCAUGAAGCUGUUUUCCGAUCCCACCCGCGUGCGCGGGUUGACACACAAGGAUAUACAGAGUAUUUUAGAUGCCGUGACGUUCGAGCCUGGACCUUGGGCACCUCCCGAGCGCGCUGAUGUGCCAAAGGAAAUUCCUGCUCCGACACGUGCGCACAUGGCGACGCCAUCUGGUUUACUCAUACACGAGCUCAUAAAUUGUCCGGGACCUCUUGCUGACAGUGCGGAGGAAUUAUUAGCGUUGAGUUUAGAGCUCGACACGGGUCGCCACGACGCGCCGAGCGCGCAGGGUGUGUUGUUCGCUUGCAGAAUGCUCACCAGAUUGAUGGCUUUCAUCGAAGUCAUAUUCCGGGCAAAUUCCCUUGACCCGGAGUUCACUACGUCGACCGGUUUCACUAGAGGCCUAGAAUGCUCUAAAGAAUCGCUCGUUAGUCUAACGGAAAUCAAGACUCGCAUCAAGAAGGCGUUGUUCGAGCGUUGUCGUCCGGUACUCCGUAGAUGGCUGCGUCAUGCCGUCAAGAAGAACGCGGUUCGUCCAGCGUGCGCGCUUCAUGCGCAUCUCGCGUACAUGUACUACUGGACUCCAAAAUGUGAAAUUGACAAGCAGGCGGCGAGUACCAUUCUCACCGCACAGCAGUAUAUUUUUGUGAACUAUCAAUUCGUGGACACGCCGGACGGAAGUGAGACGACAAGUAGAAAGCUGGCAGAGAAUAGUGACAUGAGCGGAGUUGAUACUGGCCUUGGUUUCACACCGACAGAAAUAUUCGAUUUGUUCCAAAGAAAGCGGCGAUCCGUCCUCGAGUGGGCGGCGGCGAACCCACAGGAUGCAAACAGCGUUCUUGAGCACGUCGUGAAGGCGUUAACGACGAAGAAGUCGGGUGGUUCCGAUUCGCCAAAGAAUGUUCUCGAUGUGGCCGAUGCGUUUGAUUCCAAGCGCGCGUGGAGACGUGCUCCGGGAACAGGAGGUGCCGGCCGUUUCGUCAGCUACGUCUCAGACAUUUCGUUCGCCGAAAUUGCGGCUAGAGACAAACAGAACGCGCAACUUAUACUUAGGAAUCAUAAGCAUUACGGUGAAUGGCUAUUAGAAACGACGCUGCAGACUUUUGACAUGGAGAUUAACACGCAGCUAGGCGAGUUUACCGUUCGAAAGAACAGACUAAGACAUCUUGAAGCGAGUAUACGUGAAAUGCCCGACUUCCAGGCGGCCCUCGGACCCGUGCUAUCAAAGCGUGGUAUCGAAACAUCUCACUUCCAAGAGUUGAGCAAGGGAGAGCAUACUAGCGGCGAUUCGGGAGAUGUCAUUCACUGUGCCGAAGUGAAAAGCACAGAGCAUCGCAUAUGGAUGAGACUCGUCGGGCUCAGCCACGAUGUUCAAGUGUGGGACCAAGAUCUCCGUCCGCCAGUGAACGAUUUCACCCGACCCAUGACGUCAAAAGUGAAAGUCAACGUGCAGGCACUGGAUUUGCUCGGUCGCGCCGUUGGUGCCGGCGGUCUCGAUCCGUGCGAAGAGUGGAUAUUAGCGUUACUCAAUCCCAUCAUCAAGGGUCCGGGAGCUGGAUAUCUUCAUGGUGUUGAGCUUUUGUUGCCAAAACACACCAUUCGUGGCCCCGUCGCUCGGUUGGCAGGCACUGGUGCUCCGGAGAACACCGUGAGCGAGCCAUGGAGUUUCUGGAAGAAGAAACCUGCCAUAACCACCGGCGACGAUCGCCGGAUGGAAGACGCGAAGCAGCUCCUGACAGAAGUUGUCGUUGUGCGCCAGCCACCGCUUGUGCAGGUCUUCCGAGUUGAGUCGUAUGGUCGACAAUGGAGACGGUCGCUCGUGUUCGCGUCGAACGCGUCCUUCUGUCUUGCAGAUAUCGAUCCUGAUGGGCAGCCUAUUCUAACUGAUGAAAAUGAGCGUUUCUUGCUUUCCGCGGCGCGUCUGGGAUCGCGAGCACCGAGUCUCGUAGUAACUCGUCUCAUCAACGGAUUGAUUGGUCGUGAAUCGUUUGUACCGAUGAGGCAUUUGCGUGGGCUACUUCCGCAAGUGCUGUUGGAUCAGUAUCAAUUCUGGCGAAGCGAGACGAGCGGGGAUCUGUUCGGCACGGCGAACGAAAAUGUGCCACACCCGAACACCAUGAUCCAUGUUCGUUUGGCAUAUGCUGAAAAUGCGCUGUACGACAAUGGACAUGUCGUCGACGCUCGAGCUAUUGUCAGAAGGCUUCCCACAGUGGAUACGAACGGUAGUCCGCGAAUGCCUGCACUCGAUGGAUCGUACGUAGAAGGACAACUGACGUUGGUUGAUUUGCUUUACGGACCCGCGAUUGCUGGCGAACAAGGUCAGUCGUUGAUGACUCUGACUAAAUCCCUCGCAGCGGUAGAAGGUUUGGCGAACUCGCUCGUAUGGUCGUCGAAACGUGGCCUUGAAAACGGCCCUACCGAACAGGUUCCUGCGUUCUGCGAUAUCUCUCGCAUUGAACUGCCUAGACUUGGCAUUUCGUUCAAUGCCAUCCCAACAGGUGGAUCCAUUCGUCUCGAGUGCGAGGAGCACGCCGGAUUAUUUUUGGCACAGCGAAGAAACGCUGCACUCGAGAUACUUCUCACUGGUCUGCCGCAUGCGCUUCUACUCGAAGCUCGCGACGGGUCGCUCUCUGUACUCCUCUCGGCGAGAGCUAUCCCACGCCCGGCGGCCACGCCGACGGAAUUCGUUGAGGGUGCAAGCACUGGACUUGGAUCUGACCUCAUCAUCGAUCGUUGGAGCACUCAGUGGGUGGAGAAUCUCGGUGAAACGAAGCACUAUGUCUACCCGGUGCAUGCAUCGCACACGACGAUCUGCGCUACGUCAAUGCCAGCGGCGUUGUAUCUCGCUAUCCUACGAUUCAUUGGUAGAGAUUAUGUCACGGUUUUGCGCUUGGCCGAGUUGUGUGUUUCCGAAGCGCAACCCAGUCCGGAAGAAGCGCAGCUUUGGGAUGCGCUCGCACAUGCGUGCUCAUUAGAUCCAAGUCCGGACGCGACGGCGGUUCGAGUCAAGCUCGCCUUGAUGGUGAAAGAUACGCCAAUUGAGCCUCGACUUGCGGCGAAGUGGCCAUCUGUUGUCGAUGUUCUAUCUUACGUCAACGCUUGGUCUUUUAUCAGCGCCAAGUGCCGCCUCACGGCACAGGAGGAGUUGGCCGCGAUAGAAAACUUAGGCACAGAAUCCAUGAAGAAGACAAAGCGGUCUAAAUUCAAGGCGAUGUUAAGCGCAUUAUUUCCAGGGUCCAGAAAGAUUACGGCGCAAGAGAUGAACAUGGAUCCUUUGAAGACGCCAGAGUUGUUGAAUCGUGCGGGAUACUUGAGACAGCUCGUUGGAGGCAUUGCGCGUAUGAGCGCGGGGUCAUCGCCGACGAGCACCGGAUUCCCCCUGGUGUUUCCCACCUUGCCUGAGUUUAGCAAGUUCGACACCGUCGAUGACUUGACGGGAUUGUCCGAAAAAGUCACGGGAGAAGGACCCCUUGGAAAACUGGCUGGUUUGAUUCAGACCUAUAAUCGUCCUGACGAUGUGAGUGUCAAUGGGAGUCAAGCGCUCGCUUUGAUCGGAAAAUGGAUUGAUAAGGAAAAAUUCAAUCUUGAUGGUAAUUUGGGCUUCCCAUUGUUCUUUGAGCUUCUGACCGGUACGUUACCCAUGAGAAUUCUUCCCAGCGAUUCCCCACACCGAUGGGGUUGCGUUCUGCUUCGUUUCGUGCCGAUCGAGCAAUCCAUGAAGCAAGGGACCUUGAUGAGCACACUCCGCAUGCUCUCGUCAUCGCCUGAAAUCGCUCGUGACUGUCCGAGAAUGGAGGAACAAAGCGUUGGCCAACGGUUCAGUGCUAUGUUUACCUCAGACGGCGCGAUUGGACAACUACUUCGCAAAGUUCGGCCAUACUUGCAACAAAGGAAGGAUGAACUUCCUCCUCGAAUCACCUGGAUCGGUAAGGAAUACGUUCCGGCAAGCAUUUUCGAGUGCGAUGCGCAGACGUGGGCGCGUACGAUUGCAACUGGUGGUCGUUGGGCGCUCACGCGUUUUAUGAACACAUCGUGUUCAGAGCGUCAGUUUCAUGUGCAACCACUGGGUCAAACGGAAAUGGCCGGUGCAACGGUGUGGAACGGAAAGACGCUUCAACACGUUGAUAUGACAAUGCUCGUAAAACGACCGCUUGGUGUGCUGGAUCUCAACAAGUACGUGAUUCCUUUGACGGAGGAUAGAGCCGAUGAACUUGCCGAGGCUGCCGCACUCGGUGGAGUGGGGGGCUUGCCUUUCGACGUGAAUCAGCAUCCGGCAGCCACCACUUCGGUGGCCAGGCAAAUGAUGAACCGUUUGCGCGCGGAUGUGACAGGUGCGGCAGAAAAAGCGAAAGAUCGCAAAGCAACUGGGGAAUUUAGUGCGGUUACUUUGAAGGGAUUCGCACCGAGCGAUACGGCUGCGAUCGCCUCUGAGGCUGGCGCAGGGAGAGCAGGAAGUGCGGCUGGCAACGCCCGCACCGUCCUUCGGGAACUGCUCGAGGCGAUUCGUCUUCUGACCGCUAACGACAAGGCAGCUGCAUCGGAGGCAAUGUCAGCUGCUCUAGCCACUGCAAAUGGAUUGCGUAAAGAUGCGGAGUCUGGAACGAAGAUGUUGCGGUUGGGUUUGCAGCGAAGAGCGGGCGCAUGGGCGGAAGUCACGUUUGAAGACUUGGUUGAGUGUUUGACGUGUGAAGGGGGGGAGCACAUCCUUGCAAGAUUGUCUCCGGACGUCAAGGCUAAACAGAUUACUGAUGCUUUACAUUUGGCUUCGCAAGCGUUAUUACUUACACUGCGCGCGACUCUCGCUUCGAGAGCUGCAGCCAUGGUAGCAGACACGCUCAUAGCGCUGACGAACUGCGCGAAGGCUGCCGCGGUCGAUGGUAUUGACUCUGUGGAUCGCGACUUGCGGCUCAGGGCAUUCGCGAUCGCGGAGUUACUCUCUGUUGAGCGACACUACUUCCAAGCAGAUGACGCCAAUCCGUUCAACAAGGUAAAGACUCUGAUGUUUGAUCCCCGUUUGCUCGUUUACGAGUACAGUCAGAGCAUCGUUCUCAGGAAGCGCCAAGUCGAGCUCACUCGAGAUUUCAUCGCGACUGCUGAGCAAGGCGGUGGUCAGUGCGCGCAAAUGCUCAUGGGUGAGGGUAAAACGACGGUUGUAUGUCCUUUGCUUGGAUUCAUUCUCGCCAAGAGUAGUUCUCUUGUUGUGCAAGUCGUGCCUCACGCUCUUCUUGAAUUUUCACGCAGCACUCUGAGGAAGGCCUACUCUGGCGUCAUCAGACGUUCCGUGGUCACGUUGGAGUUCAAUAGGUACACAUCACUCGCGGAUGGUGCCAUACUUUCGACUCUGCGUAAAGCUAAGGAAAACCGGGCGAUUGUCAUCGCGUCACCGACAAGCAUCAAAUCUUUAGCGCUGAAAUUCUUGGAAGUGUGCCACCUGCUUGAUCAAUCAUACAUCGCUGAUCGCGACGGUAAGGCUGGAGGUAUACUCGCACAAGGUCAGGAUAUCGUGAAUCGUGUAUUUGGCUCGAAGAGCCGAAGUGAGCGCGUCGCGGAUGCUGGUGGCUUGACUAUUGAAGAAAUGAAUACGUUGCGCUCUGAGGCGCUUGCGGCUGUGGAGAUCUUUGAGAUUUUCCAAACGGGGACGCUCAUUCUCGACGAAGUGGACUUGAUCCUCCAUCCGUUAAAGUCCGAGCUCAAUUGGCCCAUGGGACGACGCGUUCCACUCGAUUUCAGCACCGCCAUCGCGGGCGAUGGCCUGCGCUGGAAACUGCCGUACUUCAUCCUCGACGCCGUGUUCGCAGUCGCGUACGGACGCUCGACUGUAUCUGAAGCGGAGGGUUCGCAAGAGGCAUUGGACCUAUUGGAUAGCAUUCGUGAAGUGGUGCGCGGUGCUAUCGCGUCGAAACAGGUGCAAACGUCGCCGCAUCUCACGCUUCUUGAUAAAUCGUGGUAUCAAGAUGUUCUUCGCCCACUUUUGGCUCAGUGGACGAGUAUCUGGCUUCGAGCACAUGGCGCUUUGCGCGGCAUGUCGGAGGCUCUCGUGAUGGCGUACCUUUUGUGCGGUUCCGGACAAGCGGAAGCCAAGGUAGCUCUGAACCGAACGAGUGAUGAUGAGGCGAUCAAGAUGACCAAUCUCGCUCGUGACUGGCUCUGCUCUCUGUUACCUCAUAUCCUGACGAAGGUCAAUCGCGUCACAUUUGGUUUGUUACAGCCAGCCGAUGUGACCUUACUGGAGGCCAUCACUGGAUCCAGGCUGCCAAAGAGUCGUAGGCUUCUAGCUGUUCCGUUCAUCGGUAAAGAUAUUCCCAGCAGAACGAACGAGUUCUCGCAUCCAGACGUUGUUCUUGGUCUGACGACGUGUGCAUAUCGUCUUGAGGGAUUGCGACGCACAGAUUUCAAGCAGAUGCUUCUUGUGCUGAUGAAGGAGUACGACAACGAAUCUGAUCCGCCGCACAAACGUCCUUCUUCUCGUAGAUGGGCCGAUUGGAUUAGAACAACCGGUAAGCGUGUCAGAGGCGAAGCUCGCGCAGAAGCGGCGCUUAAUGCCAGGCGUCGAGGUGUGACACAGCAGGCGAGCGCGACAGCCGCCGGUGACAUCCGUGGGAUUGCCUGGUUGGAUGAUGACACGAUCCAAGGGCUGCAGGACGAUGAAAUUUGGCCGUUAUCGCUCAUUGACGUGAGGGAUCACGAUCAGAUUGAGGAGCUUUACCAGCUUCUUCGCAACACGCCGCCAUGCGUAGAGUACUACCUGAACACGUUCGUCUUCCCGGAAACCGCGCAGCAUCAGAAUCUCAAACUCAGCGCGACGGGCCAAGAGCUCGGUGGGAAUAUUCUGUUCCCGAACAGGCUCGGAUUCAGUGGCACUCCCAGUGACCUUCUCCCACUUGAACUUGGCGCUCCACGAUACGAGCCCGGCUCCGAUGCAAAAAUGGUCGCCUACUUAACAGAUCCUGAGACGGUCACGAUAAUGCCCAUGGGAAGCGACUGGAACGUGAGCGCUCUACUGACGAGUGUCGCGUCGGCGGAUCCUCCCAUACGGGCGCUCAUCGAUACCGGUGCGCUUGUGACGGGCAUGUCGAAUCUUGAUGUCGCUCGAUUCUUGCUCGAGAAGGGUCUCAAGUGGGCGGAGGGCUGUGUCUUUCUCGACGAAAAUGACCGGCAGAUGAUUGUCAUGCGUCGUGGUUGGGAAGUUAUACCGCUCCAGCGCGUCGCCGCGAUGCCCAUGUCCAAACGCUUCACGUUCUACGAUCAAGUACACACCACUGGUAUGGAUAUCAAACAAGCUGCCGCGGCGCAAGCGGCGAUUACUCUCGGUAAAGAUAUGAUUCUGCGGGACUACGCGCAGGGGGCUUGGCGCAUGCGCGGCUUGGGACGUGGUCAAACCUUGAAGGUGAUCAUGAUUCCCGAGGUUGCAAGGCUGAUAUCUCACGAGGUAGCCAAGGGAGGUGGGCAGAUUGCAUCGACGAGAGAUGCGGAGACCACUACCAUGUCAGCUGAUGAUGCCGUGAAGCGCACGCUUCGGGACAUCACAGCGUGGUUGGUCGUGAACAGCAUGCGAAGCGAGAACAUCCAAGCUGGGCUACUUGCGGAGCAGCGCGCGGCAAACAUUUGGCGCAAGCACUCGUACAGAAAGCUCAUCGCGGCGCCAACAGCCCCAGGUACCGCUAAGGCGGAGGGGAUCAUUCAUGCGUGCUUGGAUGUCUUCCGAGAGCGAGUUUCGUAUGUUGUUGCGAACAUCAUCCCCACAAGCACGUCUCCCUCGGAGAAGUUAGCUUUGUCUGUGCAGCAAUAUUUGCACAUGCUUGAUGACAAUCCUCGUGCGAAGGAACAACUGAAAGCCAUUGUGGAUGACUUGACGCAAAUGGAGCAGACUACAAAUGCGGCGUUGCGACAGAUUCGAGCCGGCACAUAUAUGACGCAAGGGGCUGCAGAAUCUGGAGAUCAAGGUUUGGUCGGCGCCUUGGAGCAGGCCCUCGAUCUCGAGCAAGUUCAAGAGAACGAAGAAGAACAAGAAAACGAACAGGAGCAGGAACAAGAGAAAGAGGAAGAACGUGAAGAAGAGAUCAUCGAGGAGACGCCAGAACCAAUGAAGUUUUUGCGAGACGAUGAACGACAGCUUUCGUGGGAUUACGAAACCCUGUGUGAUGCGCCGAGCGCGCGUACGCAGGGAUUCUAUCCUCUAAAGACGUUCAAGGUUCAUAAGGGCGUGGGUAAAACGACGGCGCCGUUAGACUUCCCUGGAUACUUGUUCCUGUCAAAGAACUAUUUCCGCGAAGGAUGGGCUCUCAAUGGUCAUCGCCGAUUAAAGAAUCUUACAAUCGUGCUCGACUGGGUGCCAGAUUCGAGCGCGUUGGCGAUCGAUACGAACGCUAGUGCCGGUAACACGUUCACAGUCGCUCAGGAAUCUGCGCUGCGCACCGCAUUCGAGAUGUUUGACACCUCAGGGAACGGUCGCCUGCAAGAAUCAGACCUGAAGGAGGUUUUGCGUGAGAUCGACGCAUGCGUGGAAGAUGAUGAGUUAAAGCUUCAGCAGAUGGCGCGAGAAGUAGCUGAGGAGUCGAGAACUUUCCAGACUGGCAUGUCUUCCACCGGGACAUCGUUCGAAGAGUUGAAGCGCGUGCUACGUUCAAAGAAUAUUUACUCUUUGCAGCGUGGGCGACAUUACGUUGCGCUCUCUCUUGCCGAGGCAGAGUCGCUUCGCGUAGUCAUGCACCUCACGAAAAAGAAUUCGCACGAUGGAAGACUCGUGCCGUCAAAACUCGCUGAAACUGGUUUGCGCAUCGGUGGAGGGACGCUGCUCGACACGACGGCUGGUUACACACCCGCUCAAGUCUUCCAGGGCGCAACAGCUGAACAGUGUUUCAGAUUUUUGGAUAGUCAGACUGAUUUUGAAGAUCGUGAAAUUUCUUUGCUCGUUCGAGCAUUGCAAGGUUCCGAUUGCGAAAUGCGUGCAGCAUUCUUUGAGUCUGUGCGCGCUUGUAGACGGCGCGCCAAGAUUCCGUGGGCAUCAACUCCACUCGCGAAGGUCUUGACGACCCCGGACGAGUUCCAUCUGCUCGCUACGCGCGCACUUGUCGCACGUGUGCGCAUGGCUCUCAAGGCAAAACGGAUGCGUCUGCUGGACGCAUUCAGAGCCUUCGAUGGCGAGCACAUCGGGAGACUGACAUACGAAGCACUUUACGGCGGUUUGUCAUGGCUCGGACUUUCUCUCACGUCCGCGCAAAUGCUCGAACUUGCACAUCGUGUUGACAAGACGAAGGAUGGAUACAUUUCUCGUGAGGAGUUUGAGGAAGCGUUCGGUCCUGACGAAGACUGGAUUUUGGAUGGCGAUUCUACGAUCGAGACUAUCAAAAUGCGAACUGAAUUACCCGCGCCGGCUGCCUCGAAAUGGACGCCAGCACCUGCCUCUGUGCAAGUGACGACGCCAAAGCUUGGAGAAGUGAGCUUGAUGGACAUUCUCGGUGAUGUUGGCAGUGCCUCGGGCAGUCACGCGUCCUCGUCUUCGGGCAAGGCCCCAGAAGAAACGCAAAUGAGGGUGGUGAGCACGGAAAAUAUGAGCAUAGACGACGGCACGGGUCUCGGCGAUUGGGGAACUUUCGGAAUGGCGGCGACGUUACCAAACGUGGAGAAAAAGAAGCCGCAGUUCUUAUCCGCCGCGCCGAAACCGAGCGCAAAUGAUCCUUUCGGUCUCGGUCCGCCGACGGGCGUAUCUUCGUCUGCAUUUGAAGACUGGCUAUCGGGAGGUUCAGGCGACAUUGUGGGAGGAGGAUCACUGAACGACCCGUUGGGGGCGAGUGGCAAGGCCAAUAACACCUCCGAUGGUUGGGAUGGGGGCGACAUGAUUCAGCUUGACACUUCGACUGGCGCCAUUGCUGCUCCCGCGCGCGAAAAAAUACAAGCACGCGCAAUUGUGGAUCCCGCCAGGGAAGCGGAGACGCAGAAAAAUAGACAAGUGGAUUCAAAGUUGACAAAUUCUGUGUUGAACGGAUUCCAAGUCACCGUGGUUCACCAAAAAUCGUUCGAUAAAGUCUGGACCAGCGAUGGUACUGCGACUCGCACGAAAGGAAGCGUAUGGGCGGCGUCUUUGGGAAAAUCGACGCUGAAGAAAAAGGUUGAACGCGUGUCGCUCGGGCAUUACGCGUCGCCGCAUUUCUCUCAGCCGAAACCGGCUCCGUUCGUGGUGGAAAUCACAGAUAUCAAUGCCUAUGCUUUGACCGGUUCUGCCUACAUGCCGCGUGUUCUUGAGCGCAUGUUUGCCUAUCCGGUGCGGUUCAGACAAAUUUGGGGACAGGAGUGGAAAGCAACCUCGCUGUAUGCUUGGUCUCCCGUUCCACCACCAGGAUUCGUGGCGGUGGGGAUGGCUCUGACAAGGAAACCUCAGCCACCGGACCUUUCGAGUAUCAGGUGCCUACCGGAGCAGUGGGCGGUGAAGCCAUCCGUUGAGCCUCAGUUCGUGUGGUCGAACGAGGGUAGUGGUGGACGACCCGCGAGUAUCUGGCUCGUGAACUCACUCGGGCUCUUGCACGUCACUAUUGGACACAACCCGCCACCGGCUCGAGAUUUGUGGGAUAUCAAAAGAGGCCAGCUUAGUGCGGACCAAGUAGUCAAGUACAGACCAUCCGCACCUGUGGUACAGACAACAUACGGUGGCACUGGAAUUUCGAGCGACAGCUUCGAUGACAGACGGUAUCAACCUCCACCACGACCUGGCACUUCCAGCGGAUCCUCUGCGCCGCCGGGCAUAGGAUCGCUCAUUUAG